AUGCCUGGACCACCGUCCAAAAUGAUCAUAACUGGUCAAGAUCCGGCAAUGACAAGAGCAAUUGCUUGUGCUCUUCCCAAUACGUUUCAUAGAUAUUGCAUUUGGCACAUUGUUCGUAAAUUUUCUGAGAAAAUAGGUGCAUUGGCAUACAAAGAACAUUAUGAAAAGUUCAAGAAAUGUAUUUGGAAUUCGGAGAGCCCUGACGAGUUUGACGCAACAUGGGCAUAUAUUGUAGGAAAAGCGAACUUGUCCACCCAUCAAUGGUUGCAGUCCAUGUACGAAAUUCAUGGCAGAUGGGUUCCUGCAUAUACGCGACACAUUUUCUCUGCCCACAUGACAAGUAGUCAACGGGCUGAAAUUUCUCAUGCAUUCUUCAAGAGGUAUUUGUCUGACAAUAAUUCAAUGUAUGAAUUUGUGACACGGUUCGAAAGGGCACUUGCACGUCUACGACAUAAUGAAUUAGAUUUUGACCACAAAGAUAUGAAUGAGAAGCCAGUCCUGAAAACCUCAUGGUCGAUGGAAAAGAAAAUGAGUGAAUUAUACACGCUCCAUUCAUUUAAGAAAUUUCAGGAGGAAACAUUUCAGGUUGGUGCAUAUGUGCUUACGAUACUAAAUGAGGAUGAAUGUCGCUCUGUGUGGAAAGUUCAUAGGGAAGAAAUGGAAGGUUCGAGAGGUCGUGAGCUGUUGGUGGACAAGUCAUCGAACCGUGUGAGUUGUAGUUGUCAAAUGUUUGAAUUCGACGGAAUUCCAUGUCGGCACUUGUUGGCGUACUUGUCUUUAAUGCAGAUUAGGGAACUCCCUAGCACAUACAUUUUGCAAAGGUGGACUAAAACUGCAAAAGCAGGCAGAGUUUUUGAUGACUUGGGCAGUCAUCAAAAAGAAAUAUGUGGCUGUUCACUUUUAGUGAGGCGACAGGGUAUCUUUCAACUUGCUUCUACAGUUCUUGAUUACGCUGUAUUAGAUGAAGAAGGAACUGAAAUUGUGCGAGAAGCGUUGCUAUCUAGUCAAAAGAAGAUUGCAUUCAUGAGGGGUUCUCGCCAAGAUGGUUCAACGAGUUCUAUCCAAUUGCCUAUUUCUCUCGGAAGCGAACAUGGUUUGAAAGAACCACUGAAAGUUAGGGCAAAAGGUUGUGGUAAGUGUUUGAAAAGAGGAAAAGAGAAGGCCGUCAAGAAAAGUAGAAAAUGUCAUGGGUGUGGGUUAUUGGGGCAGUCGCAUGACAAAAGAAAUUGUCCAAAGCUUAUGAACAUGUCUUCCCAAGAUGCUAGGUUGUAUGACGACGACGACGACGACGACGACUUUGCCAAUGAAUGUUAGUGUUUUUUAAAGUGAAAUACAGACUUCAAAUAAGAAGUGAAUUACUGACUUGAAUACUAAUUUUAUUUUUGUUUCAGGAACUAUAUGGGUUUGCGGAUAUGGAGAUGAAAUUGGCACGCAUGGUAGAUGAUGCAUUUUAUUGGUAGUAUUCUUUACUUUGGCUUUACUAAUGAUCAAAUAGAACAGUUAUGAAGGAUUCCUGCAGCAGUUUUGCUACUGUCUUGAUGCAGUUGUCUGACUAUUCUUGUUGCUACUGCUAUUAUAUUGAUACCUGUUAUGGCUGCUGCUUUUUGGACAAUGAAGCUUUUUGGAAAGUCAAGGACAAGGUUGGGGAGGAGGCCAAUCAAACAAUCACCAAAGUCAAGGACAGGGUUGAG